AGAAAAGGUAGAGAGAGCGAGAGAUAAGGAGCAAAGAAGAGAGAGACCGAGAGAGAAACUGGGAAAAAGAGAUUUAGCCACAGAAUGUCAUACAGAGGAGAGAGGACUUAAAGAGUGAGAAAGCGAGCGAGAGAAAGAACGAGGGGCGAGAAUCUAAACCGGUACUGCUCAGAAUUCCCAGCUGGAGUCUGGGAACCGUGGAACUGGAGGGGGAAAGGUUAAAGCUGCAGGAAUUCUGUCAGUGAGCAAUCCCUGGGGCGGAUGGAAACCUGAGCAGUUUACUGUUUAAAAAGUGUUUCAGUGCAGGACGAUCUGAGCUCUGGUGCACACACUCCCAGCUUCCAGCCUCUGCUUCCACAUCCAGGAUAAUGUCCGGCUCCUACGAUGAGUGCGCAGGCUUUGAUGAAGCCACGGACAGCUUCUGGGAGGUGGGUAACUACAAGCGAGCAGUGAAGCGGAUUGACGAUGGCCACAGGCUCUGUAACGACCUCAUGAACUGUGUCCACGAGCGAGCCAAGAUUGAGAAGGCGUACGCACAGCAGCUCACCGACUGGUCCAAGCGAUGGAAACAGCUCGUCGAGAAAGGUCCUCAGUACGGCUCUCUGGAGCGCGCCUGGAUGGCUUUGAUGACGGAAGCUGAUAAGGUGAGCGAGCUGCACCAGGAGGUGAAGAACGGGCUCCUCUCGGAAGACUUCGAGAAGAUCAAGAACUGGCAGAAGGACUCCUACCACAAGCAGAUGAUGGGCGGCUUCAAGGAGACCAAAGAGGCAGAGGACGGCUUCAGGAAAGCCCAGAAACCCUGGGCCAAGAAACUCAAAGAGGUGGAGACUGCCAAGAAGGUGUACCACCUGGCCUGCAAGGAGGAGAAGCUGGCAGCCGUGCGGGAGGCCAACAGCAAGGCAGAGGCCUCCGUCACGCCCGACCAGCAGAAGAAGCUGCAGGACAAGGUGGACAGGUGCAAGCAGGACGUGCAGAAGGCAAAGGAGAAGUAUGAGAAGGCUCUGGAUGAGCUGAGCAAGAGCACCCCUCAGUACAUAGAGAGCAUGGAGCAGGUAUUUGACCCAUGCCAGCAGUUUGAGGAGAAGCGACUCAGCUUCCUCAAGGAGGUCCUGCUGGACAUCAAGAGACACCUGAACCUCACUGAGAACCAGAGCUAUGAAGCGGUGUACAGAGAGCUGGAGCAGACGGUCCGCAUUGCUGAUGCGCAGGAAGAUCUCAAGUGGUUUAAUAACUAUCACGGCCCUGCUAUGCCCAUGAACUGGCCACAGUUCGAGGAGUACAACCCUGACCUGACCCACACCAUCACUAAACGAGAGAAGGUGAAGAAGCCCAACGAAGGAGUCACUCUGACCAGCGUCACCUCUGGGGUAGAGCAGGUGGUGCAGGCUGGGGACCGGGGCAGUGUGAGCAGCUACGACAGGAGCCAGGUGUUUUCAGCAGAGUGGUCUGACGAGGACACCCCCAACACAGGCAGCGAGACCAAUGGAGGAGCUAACCCCUUCGAGGAGGAGACAGCGGCCCCUGCUGGCAAGGGUGUGCGUGUGCGGGCACUGUACGACUACGAUGGGCAGGAGCAGGACGAGCUCAGCUUCAAAGCCGGAGACGAGCUGCUGAAGCUGGGGGAGGAGGACGAGCAGGGCUGGUGUAAGGGUCGCCUCGGCAACGGCCAGGACGGCUUGUUCCCGGCCAAUUACGUGGAAUCCAUCUAGUCACUUGGUUUGCGCACCCAAUCAGAGGGCAGCUCAGACUGUACCAGCCAAUCGUUCUGCACCAGAGACUAAAGAUUAACCCUUCCCUUGCCAGACUCUUAUCAAGCAGUCUAAAACAAACUUAGUAAAAAAAAAAAAGAAGACAAUAUCUAUAUUUAUCAAUUUUGUGAGAAAUGAAAAAGCAGUUAUUUAAUAUAUACACAAAGAACAAUAGACAAUAUAUAUAUAUAUAUAUA